UUACAUUGGAAAGUGAUGGGGAAGGAAACUCUCAUUUACUCAGUUGAAUAUGUUGUGGAAUAUAAUUAUGAUGCUGUACAUGAUGAUGAGCUAACCAUUCGAGUUGGGGAAACCAUAAGGAAUGUGAAAAAGCUUGAAGAGGAAGGAUGGCUAGAAGGAGAACUAAAUGGGAAAAGGGGCAUGUUCCCUGAUAACUUUGUUAAGGAAGUUAAAAGAGAAACUGACUCUAAAGAAGAUGGUUUGCCAGUCAAAAGAGAGAGGCAUGGAAAUGUGGCCAACCUUGUUCAGCGUAUGAGUACUUACGGGCUUCCAACUGGAGCAUUCCAGCCUCAGGGUAAAGGCUUCAAAAGAAGUGGAAGAAGGCUGGUGGAGUGGGACUUUAAAUGGCAAGAUGGGCCUUUUUCCUUCUAACUUUGUAAAAGAACUAGAGAUAACAGAUGAUGGAGAAGUACAAGAAAGCUUAGAAGAUACAGAAUCUGUUUUUCAUGGACCACAGUCUCCUGCAACCUCACCUGGGAAUGGUAGUGAGUCUCCACUGAUAGCACAACCAAAGAAAAUCAGAGGAGUUGGGUUUGGAGAUAUUUUCAAAGAAGGCUCAGUAAAACUUAAACCAAGAUUGUCUAGUAAUGAUUCAGAAGAAAAAAAGCAAGAUAAGCCAUUACCUAAUCUUCCAUCUGGACCAAAAGUAACCUUACAUCAUGGCACAACAAAAUCAGAAAUGGCAACAGAAAUAGCAAAAGCAGAAAUGGAAAGCAAACAAAAACCUAAAGAAUACUGCAAAACUGUGUUUGCCUAUGAAGGUACCCAUGAAGAUGAACUUAAUUUUAAAGAAGGUGAUAUUAUCCAAAUAAUAAGUAAGGAUACUGGGGAGGAAGGAUGGUGGAGAGGCCUUCUUAAUGGCAAAGAAGGAGUUUUUCCAGAUAACUUUGCAGUUCAGAUUCAUGAAUCUGAUAAAGAUUUUCCCAAGCCAAAGAAGCCACCACCUCCUGCAAAAAGUCAAGGUUCUAAGGCUGAUCUUCUGCCUGUGGAGAAGAAGUUUCCUCAUCUCAGGAAUGAAGAAAAGGAUGAAAAACCAGUGUUGGAUCAGAAGAUAUCUAAACCAGUGGCUCCCCAAGUACCACCAAAAAAACCUGUCCCUCCAAACAAGGCUAAUAACAUAUUAAAAGCUGGGCUCUUGCUUUCAAAAUGGCCAGAUAAAACAGUUUUGCAACCACCAGUUUCCAAGAUAAAUGGGGAAAUUACAUCCUGGAGACCAAAGUCCGAAAUUGAGCCAGCAGUGAAACCAAAGAUAGACUCUGAACAGUUACCAUUGAAAUCAAAAUCAGUAGAGGUAGACUCAGCCGCACUACGGAACUUGAAAGAAACAGAACUUUUAAGUUUUGAUGAUCUAUCACCUACCUCAGAUAAUUUAUCACAUCCCACUACAAAUAGGCCAAAGAUGCCUGGCAGAAGACUUCCUACUCGCUUCAAUGGCAAGAAUCCUCCUACUGAGACUCAAAACCUAGAAAAAAAUGUGAAAGUGCAUAAGGAGGAAGAAGAAAGUGCCAAAUUAAAAUUAUCUGAGUGUAAAAAGCCAUCAAAACUUACUUCAACAGUUCUGACUUCAUUACCACGACCGAGUUCUAUUGUAAUAAAUACUGGAGAAACAAAGCUUAGCCAGGAGACAGAUGAAGGGGGAAAACAUUCUUUAGAAGAACUAAGAUCUCAGAUCUUUGAUCUCCUGUUGGCUAUAGAAAGCUUGAAAAAAGAGCAUGGGAAACAACUGGAAAAACUGAAAGAAGACUUGGAGGAAGAAAAGCAGAUGCGAAGUAUCCUAGAGGUGGAAAUAGAAAAGCUCAAGAAAGCUCUCGUAACUACAUGAAAGAGCCACAUUCCGUUGAUCCUUAAUGUGCCAGGAUUUCAGAAUCAGAAAUGAAAUUGACUUUUUUAAACCUCAAGCCAGCGGAUGAUAGCAUUCCAUUAGAAAAAAAAUAUCUGAGUAUAAUCUUAUUUAUAUUCUGUGAGCUAUGAGGGAAAAAACGGAUAGUUUUUUUGUUUGUUUCUUGCCAAUAUAGGAGAGGCCUUAUUUCUUACUGUGCAGUAUGGCAGGGUUUGCUUGAGAAUACUACUGAAUCUGUAUAAAAGGGGAGUUCUUAGUAUAUUUUUAUUGAAUAUACCCUAAUUUUAAGAGAUCUGUACUAUAAAUAAGGCAAUAUAACUUUGCAAAUAAACUGUAAAAUAUAUAGUAUAGGAGAGAGGCAAAUGGUAUAGUUUUGUACAUUUAUUAGUCUUUUCACCAUGCUAAAGGGAAUAUGACGUUAAUCAUAUGCUGUUUUAUUGUUCAGGUCUUUUGAGUUUGUUCUCACUAUGAAACAGAAGGAUCACCUAUCUCUAGCACUAUGAUAUUGUAAUAUUUCCUUAACUGAGAAUCCAGAGUACAGUACUGUGGUUCUUGCAUUAUAGAAUUUAUAGAAAAGAUUAUAAUUAGGACACAUGGACACAUAAACACAUGAAUUGAUAUAAUCCUAAAAUACGACAUUUUUGCUAAUUACUACAGAAUGUGACAUGUUAAAUGUUCUCUUGAGUGUUUCAUUUCUUUUUACAAAUUAUAACUCUAACACUACAAUAUUACGAGCUUUAAAAUGCUUUGCACUAAUAAUUAUUACAUUUUAAAAACCUACAUAUAACAAAAUAUAUAAAGCUACCAGUUUUCUAAAUGCAGUCUUAAAAUAAGGGUAUAUCAUCUACAUAGUUGUUAAAAUAUUCAGUAAAUCAAUAGUAAGUUUUUAGAUAAACAUUUGGCUUAUGCUUUAGAAUUCAAAUUGAAUUACUGUUUAUUUUUAACAAGGUUUCUUUGAGUCAUCUUGUUUAAGUUAUUUCUACAGCCUAAAAUCCCAUUUAUUUUCUGUAAAGAAGAAAAACUUCUUCAUUGCUCUGUUCAAGCCAAAGAUAAAAAUAUAAUUCAGCCUUUUUUUCUUUUAGCAUUGCUAUCCUAAAAGAGGGGACUGUUUCAUGAAUGAUUUUAGGCUUGACUAAGUGAGUGGAAUGAUUUGAUGCUUAUGUCCUGUUUUAUAUGGCUUUAAUAUUUUGUCUUAUUUGGGUGUGAGCAAACCAUGUUGGUAUUUUUAACAUAAAAAAAUCUUAAUUCUAAUUGCAAACAUAAAUCAUUGGAUUAAAAUUGGAAAUGAAAAUAUGGGUGUGUAAAGUCAUGAUGCCUGCUUGAUUACUAUACGGAUACAGAGCUAAUAACAUAUAACUAAUAUAUCACUUAAUGAUCAUCCUCUGUUGCCAAUUUUCCUUAGUAAUAGUAAUAAGUAAUGAUCUCACAUUAUUAAUUUUUAGCUCAAAGAGAUUCCUUUCAUACUAAUUUAUAAAGAGAUUAAUAAUUCUUGGCUUAGUAAUCAAAAUCACAAUUUGUGGGUUUAUUGGCCUCCUCAUUUUGCAGAGAAUUCAGAGAUGGGAGGCAGGUUUGGUCUUGAACAGAUCAUUUGCAAGUAAUCCCCUGCAAAACUCAGUUAGGAGAAAGAGCAAUAAGCCAUCUUCUUCAACAAACAUGGUGGAUUGACAGAAAAAAAGUUGCCCAUCCUCCAAGGUACCUAAAGUACCAUCGUAUAUUGUUGCUGUUUUAUCUAAAAAGUAGUUAGAAAAGCUUCCCCCACUUUUCUUUGUCAUAGGAAAAACAUGUUUUUUUUAUAUUUCUGUGAAUAGCAGCAGUUACACAUUCUAGGUGUCUUUUCAAAAUCAAAAAUUUGCAGAAUAGAAACUUAGAAACCACCUGCCUUUUCUCUCCUAAUGUUCAUUAAAGUAUUAUUUUUCCCCCAGUACAAGGUAGCUUUUUGAUAGCACCUUCCACCCUGACUUUCUAUUUUCUUUAACCUACACACACACACACACACACACACCACAAACCACACACACACACACACCAAGUGAGAAAGCAUGGGGAAUUUCAAAACGUGUCUUUGGGUUUACGAAAAAAAUAAACCCAGUCAAAGCAACAGCAACGAGAGAUAGUUCAUACUUUCUUGGGAACACUCCAGCAUAGAGCAAAGCCGUCUUUUCUUUUUUCCCUACCCAUCACAGAAGGAAGAUUUUUUUCCUCCUUUUGCAAGGAUUUUUUUUUAAAGUUGCAAGGCUUUCUUCACCAAAAAUUCACUUCUUCCUUCUGGUAUCUUCUCCAUUCUUCCUAGGAUAAGAAAAGGAAUGAGUUUCCCCUUCCCUUCAUACUUUUGCAGAAGCAGAAAUAAUAAGUAAAAAUUGUGCCUUAAAAAGAAAUGCCUUACUUGCACUAGUCAAAACACAGUUCUAUUCCUCCUCAAAGCUGUACUGAAUUGUUCCACAAGUAGAGGUUUUGGUGCAGUACUGAAACUGGGCAGAGUGGAACAGCACACUCAGUAAGAGGGGAUGGAUGUAUGAUCUCUUAAUUGUUCAAAUUCAUCCUAAAUUAAACAAAAUGGCCUUGAGUGUUGAAAUUCGAGAAGGUUUUUUUUUCUGAUUUCAGUUCCGUUACACCCUAUCAUGAUUAUGCAAACAAGAAUUGUUUUUGAUUUUUAAAAAGUCAUUUAUAUACUCCUUAUUUAGAACCUGAAUGUGAAGCAGAAUAGGUUACUGUAAAACAGUUUUUUUCUACUUUGAAGCUUAUAGCAGAUAAAUUUAGGACAAUCAUGGAACUCAGAAGUGUUAAUUAUUAUAUUGUCUUCUUUCCUGUAGCAAUAAAUAACCAAGUGCAAUGACUGAUAUAAUAACAAAUCCUAGAGAUUGCCACUAUGAAGGUUUUUUUUUUAAAGUGAUGGCUGUUUUCUCUAAUGUCUGUCUUUAUGCUCUGUGAUGGGAAAUGGGACUGGACGCAGACAUUCCAAAGAAUAAAAUUUAUUUCAAGCAGGAAUCUUUACUGACUUGUUUACAGGUGCUGCAAAAUUAUGUAUGCUAUCAAAAUGCCACAAAUAAAAUUAUAUGCUGUUAAUGUGAAAUGUAUUUUUGUUUAAAAGCAUUCAAACACC